AUGGAUAUGGGAAUCCAUCACAACUCUGAAGCUAUCGCUACUCUCUUUAGCAACGUUAGGGAUGUUCAAGCUCAACUUACCAAGAAUGAUGAGUUACUUGAACGGAUUUUCCAGAUUCUACAACAACCAACACCUAUCCCUGAACCCUUCUUCACUGAAGUUGUUCGUCAUCAGCUGGAUAUGGUCGCUGAGCUCAACCUUCAACAAGCAGAAGCUAUUGCUUCAAUAGAACAGUCACUGCACAACCUAGUUUCAUGCCUCCCUCUCUCCGUUGAAGAUGACAAAGAGGAGGAGAAGGCCCUUGAAAACGAUGAAGUCGUGGUUACAGUUGACCAUCAAGACUUUCCUCCUUCCACCUCUGUAUUUCCAAAUGUUGGUGAAGAUGAGGAUGAUAAAGAUAAUGAUGAUGAGGAUCCUGACCCCAGAUCCCAGAUACAGAGUCAAAAUUCCUCUUGUACCUCUAGAUGCAGUAAGUUCGACUUCCUUUCUAAAGUUGAACGCAAGGAAUCCCUAAAACCUGAACAAGAGCUGAAGCAACAUCAGCAGCAACUAAAAGACAUCCUGGAGUUAGCCAAGACUCUAGCUUAUCAAACUCAUGUAGAAGGUCGUCUACCUCUUCACAAGGUAAACAUACUCACUCAAUACAGGCCAACAGUGCACAAGGAAGGUUAUGAAGCAGAAAGACCUAUUCCAAAGAGACUCAUGAGCUACAUGAAGUCUAAGGAGAUUAGGAGAGCGUACAGACAUACACGCGAGACACUAGAACCAGUGUCUCGAACCCCGGUACGCAUAGGAGCAGCCAACGAAGAAGAGAGAACUGAGGAUACUUCAAUUCCUCAGACCGGGGGAGGAACGAUAAGAGCUGGAGAAGAGAGAAUGAGAGCUGAGGAAGAGAGAGCUUGCCAAAUAGAAAUCGCUCGCCUAAGAGAAGAGGCUAGACUCAGUGCAAAAGAGGAGGCUCGUCAAAUCUUGGCUCAAUCCUCUACUCCAAACCACGAGGAUUACCAAGAGCAUUAUGACGAUGCUGCACAGUCUUACACUAGCGAAGAAAGUGGUGAAGAGGAGGAAGAGACUGACGAAGAAGAGAGUGAGACAGAGAGUAAGGGAGAUGAGGAGGAGAGCAAGGAAGAAGAAGAGGAAGAAGAGGGAGGAGGUGAAGCAGUUGCUCUGUCUCAAGGUGGGACAGAGCAGCCUAGGCCAAAUAAGCACAUCAGAUUCACCUACCUCACUCCGAGUGCAACCACACUAUCUGACUCCGGUGGUCGAGACACGGAGAUCAUUGAAACAGAGGCGCACACCUCAAACCCUAACCAGCCUAUCCAACUAGAGGUCGCAUCUGCCUCUAGUUAUAUUAGCCAAAGGGACACCUUUCCACAGGGAACACCCUCUCAAAAGGUUGUCACCUUUGAAAACAUAACUGAUAUGUCUCCCAAUAUCACGCCACGUUCCCACACAAAGGAAUUUGUUUCCUCUGCACAAGUCAUGAAUGAAGGCGUCCCUGGAACGGGGACUCAAUCUGGCCCAUGUGUUGAGCCAGAGGUUACCACAUCUGCAUAUGUCAGUAGGGAAGCGUUCCAUUCCCUUUUCACCUCUAUGCAGUGCUCCUUAGAAGAGCUAAAACUCAGCAUGGCCCGUGUAGAGUCGUCCCCUUCUACACCUACUCUGGAUGAGAUACGAGUAUCCUUGGCAGUACUAAGAGCUGAGUCCACGACAAAUGCUUCUCGUAUCAAUAUACUAAUGGAAUUGAUGGCAACCAAUACAGCAACAUUACAGCAGGUUGUUGCAUCUCUACAGAGGGUUGAGGCGUCUACGUCGAUCAACAACCAGGCCCUCAUACCUCUGAGUGUACAUGUGGACUGUGUCACACAGAACGCCAUGAAUGCUCUGGGUGACAGACUCCUACAGAAGGUGGCGGACUUCAUUGCAGACUUCAACAGCAAGGCCACAACAGAAGCAAAGAACAUCAACGACACUCUCGCACGAUUCAACUACCGUUUAGACGACGAAGUGCAAAGGGUUGUCGUUGUAGUCAAUGAACUCCUCAAAACCAUCGAGGAAGUGAUCAGAUCCAUGUCUCGAGUAGAGGAUGAAAGACCUAAGAGACAGCGAGAUCAGUCUCCAUGUGCUGAACCGCCAAAGAGGAGGCGACUUGACGAUGAUGAGGACCCAGACGAGUCUCGUCCUCAAACUCACCAAGAGGGGGAGAACCUACCUACAGCCACACCAAGUACAACACCUCUGGCUGUCCCCUCUGCACCAUCGUCCUCUACUCUACGCCAUCAAAGUCAACCAAGGCAAAGCAAACAAAGCCAACAAGUGCCAGAUAACGCAGAGGCACUACGCAAAGGGAAAAUGCCUAUGACAUCAGAGGCAGAGCCAGCCAUGCCACACAAGUCUACAGAAGUGAUCGACCUUCUAUCUACCUAUGGAUCAGAAGACUCUGACCUGGCUCUGUCCUCCUCAACAGAGUAUGCUAUGGACAUGGUUGCUUCAUCAACAACCCAACAAGAAGAAGAGGUGGUGGCCGUGAAUGUGGCUGAUCCGUCGCUACUACACAUUCUGGUUGCCAUUCCUCUAGAAGAAGUAACCGUUGCUGCUCCUCCACCACAUUCAAGAACCGAUUGA